UAAACCUCUGUUUACUUCAAUCUCUCAACUUUAUCCUCUAAACAAGUUGAUAUUUUUUUUUAAUUUCUGACAAGCUUCUAUGAUACGCAUUAUUCUUGCUGUUUUGAGCUUGCGUUGUAUAUAAAAGCUCUGAAUUUGAACAGAUUCUAGUAUCGUUAACCGCCAUGGAAUUGACAUGUCUGAGUAAAGGAGAUGGCUUUCACUAUCCUCCUUGUCAUAUGCUUAAUCUAUGUGGUUUCAGAAUCUUGAUUGACUGCCCUUUGGACCUUUCUGCGAUCACAAUCUUCUCACCUGUUCCAUACGAUGUGGGUUUUGAAGCUUCUGAAUAUCCAUCAUCUGAUGUGUCUCUGGAUGCUCAGAAUCCAAUUCAGAAGAAGCAAAAACUUGAGAGACAGCUAACUCGUGCUGAUUUGGUGUGCGCAGAACCGUGGUACAAAACUGUGAAGGCCUUGCAUUUGUGGGAGGCUUCUUUGAUUGAUAUAGUUCUCAUCUCCAACCCUAUGGGAUUGCUCGGAUUGCCUUUCCUUACCCAAAGCCCUGGAUUUUGUGCCAAGAUAUAUAUGACUGAAGCAACAGCCAAGAUUGGACAGCUCAUGAUGGAAGAUCUUGUCUCGAUGCAUAAGGAAUUCAGAUGUUUUUAUGGACCCGGGGACUCAAGUUAUCCUGGAUGGAUAAAGGAUUUAGAUAGUCAAAAGGUACCAGCCUUGCUUAAAAAAGUUGUCUUCGGUGAGAGUGGUGAUGAUCUGGGCAGUUGGAUGCGUCUGUACAGUUUAGAUGAUGUAGAGAGUUGCAUGAAGAAGGUUCAAGUUGUAAAGUUUGCUGAAGAAGUUUGUUAUAAUGGGACCUUGAUCAUCAAGGCCCUAAGUUCUGGUCUAGAUAUUGGGGCUUGCAAUUGGUUGAUCAACGGACCUAAUGCAAGUCUAAGUUAUGUGUCAAACUCCAUCUUAGUUUCACUUCAUGCGAGAAAUUUUGAUAUCAAUGGUCUCAAAGGACUCGAUGUGAUGGUUUACUCAGAUUUCUCAUGCCUCCAGUCUGCAGAAGUGACUGAGAAUGGUUGUAUUUCUCCCAACCCGGAUAAUAAUUAUUUAUCAACAAUCAGUAUUGACAAUAAGGAUGAGGACUUGGCUGCUUCAUUACUAAACACAGAAGACAGCUUAGAAGAGAUGGAGAAACUAGCUUUUGUUUGUUCAUGUGCUGCAGAAUCUGCUGAUGCUGGUGGCUCAACCUUGAUAACAAUUACUCGUGUUGGGAUAGUUUUGCAGCUCCUUGAACUAAUGUCAGAUUAUAUUGAAUCCUCGUCUUUGAAGGUUCCAAUCUUUGUAAUAUCUUCUGUGGCAGAAGAGCUAUUGGCAUACACAAACACCAUACCCGAGUGGCUGUGCGACCAACGACAGGAGGAGUUAAUUUCAGGAGAACCAUGGUUUGACCAUCUUAAAUUCAUUAAAGAUCUUAAAUUCAUUAAAGACGAGAAGAUUCAUUUGUUUCCUGCCAUUCAUUCACCCAACUUAAUAACGAGUUGGCAAGAACCAUGCAUUGUAUUUGCUCCUCACUGUAGUUUGCGGCUUGGCCCUUCUGUCCAGCUUCUUCAGCGUUGGCGUGGAGAUCCAAAAUCAUUGCUUGUUCUUGAGGAUGGAAUUAGUUCAGGUUUAGCACUUCUCCCUUUUAGACCAGUAGCGAUGAAAGUUCUCCAAUGUUCAUUUCUUUCUGGAAUAAGGUUGCAAAAGCUCCCAACACUUAUUUCCAUUUUGCAGCCAAAGAUUGUUUUGGUCCCUGAUGCUGUCAGUCAGAGGAUCAAUCUUAGUGAGAUGAAGAUAAACUCAAUCUUGAAUUUCUCUGAAAACAAGACGCUGCAUGUGCCAAGAAUUGCAGACAAUUCAAGCGUAGAGAUUACAACGGACUUGGCCUCCAAAUUGAGCUGGAGAAAACUGAGACAACGUGAAAACUUUGGUAUUGCAAGAUUAAAAGGUGAGCUUCAGAUGGAAGAUGGGAAACACAGAUUAGUUACAGGGUUGGAGCAAGAAGAAAGUUCAGGGAAGGCUCGGCCAUUAAGGUAUUGGGGCACAGUGGCUCAAGAACCACUUUUGGGCGCGUUACUGAAAAUGGGAAUAAAAGGAUCUAUAGAACACAGCACAUCUGAGAAUGGAUCAGAAAACAGUAUGAUUCAUAUAGCAAAUCCUAGCCGUGGCCUGAUAGAGACCUCAGAGAUGUGUACUGCUAUUGUAGCAGAAGAUGAGAAUGUAGCCUAUCAGAUCCUCCAGGGGAUUGAUGAAGUUCUUGAUGGAAUUUAGAGGAUGUAUCAGCUGACUGACCUGGUAUAUUAGUGUAUUAGAGUGACUGAAUUAGAUAGAUCGUGUAAUUAUGAUUUGUUAGUUUACUGGAAUACUCUUUAUGUAUUUUAGAGUCUCUGUAACAUACUUAUUCAAUGAGAAUAACAGAACCUCUUCCCAUUUCUUCA